CCGAGCUGGCCGCUUUGUUUUGUUUUGGUGGGGCAGCGUUUGGAUGAGAGGCCGACGGCGGCGCACCGUCCCGGGGGAAGAGAACCGCUCACUAAAUGGGGAGAGCACUAUCGGGGAUGGACGAUGACGAACCGAUAGCCGACGCCUGCAUCAUGCCGAGUUUUACGAGCGGUCUCGAGGAGGGGAGAGGGAUAUCGUCCCGCAACCCGCAGACAGAAACUUCCUUCGCGGACGGCAAAGUUGAACCGCCGGUCAGAGAUUUGAGCCGCCGCCGCGUCACCAGGUCGAACUCCCGGUUGUCCCUCGACGGAGGUGAGCGGUUCUCGGAGGAGAGAAGCGGCGGCGACGAGGCGAAGGAUGCGAUGGGCAACAACAACAACAACUGCAACGGGGGAGAGAGGAGGAGGAGGGCGAGCGCCGUCGAGAUUUUGAGGAGGAAUUUCGGCGUUUCCAAGUCCCCGUCCCUGUGUUUUAACACCAACGGUCGGAUGCCGCGCGACGCCGAGCUCGAGCCCCGCGAAGCCAACGGUCGCGACGACGUUACGAACGCUCGCGGAACAGAGGGCGGCGAGUGUAAAAAGUCGGAGCGAGAGAAGGGCGACGCGGGGACUAAAAACGAGCCCACCGCGAGCGACUCGGCGACUUCCGACGCCAAAGGGGUUGAGCGUGUAACCGUUACGGGUCAGCGACGUUAUAAACGCGACGGGGACGUCAACGCAGUCGCUUUGGACGAGUCCUUUCACGCCAAAGAGCACGUCUACUGCACCGUGUAUUGCAUCGCGAGCGACAGUCGCCGAAAAGACGUUGAAAUUACGGACGAUGAAGCUGUCACGUCGGACGCACCGGACGUGGACUUGGAGGCGGGACGGGAAGCGGCUCCGAGUCCCGAACCGGCUCCGAGUCCCGAACCUACUCUGUACACGCUGGACGACCUAGUGGAUCCUCUCGGCGACGUGGCCCGUCGGCUGUCCGCGGAGCAGGCCGGUGCUGAGACUGCGACGCAGAGUUGCCGGGUGUGCCUGGAAGAGAAAACCAUCGCACCCUUGCCCUGCUGCAGGAAGGCCGUGUGCGACGAGUGUCUGAAGCUCUACGUCAGCUCCCAGGUGCGAGUAGCCAAAUCGUACAUCGGCUGUCCGAUCCCAGAGUGCAGCGGCUACCUGGAGGAGGGAGUGGUGAUUUCCCAUUUAGCCAACGAGGACGUGGCGAAGUAUCGUUACUUCCUGGAGCUCAGUCAGCUGGACUCGAGCACCAAACCCUGCCCCCAGUGCAGCCAGUUCACUUCCCUGAAGGGGAACGACCCCAACCACUCAGAGCACAAGUACAAGAUCCAGUGCAGCAAUUGCCAGUUUGUGUGGUGCUUCAAAUGCCACGCGCCGUGGCACAGCGGGGUCAAAUGUCGCGACUACAGGAAAGGAGACAAGCUGCUGCGAGGCUGGGCGAGCGUCAUCGAGCACGGACAGAGAAACGCCCAGAAGUGUCCACAUUGCCGGAUCCAUAUCCAGCGUACGGAGGGGUGUGACCACAUGACGUGUACGCAGUGUAACACUAACUUCUGUUACCGCUGUGGAGAGCGAUACCGGCACCUACGGUUUUUUGGGGACCAUACAUCAAACCUCAGCGUGUUUGGAUGCAAGUAUCGCUACCUACCUGAUAAACCUCACCUGAGACGGCUAAUUAGAGGGUCGGUCUGCGCCUCUAAGGUGCUGAUAGCUCCAGUGGUCAUUUUGCUGGUCGUGGUGCUCGGAGCUCUCGCACUGGUGAUAGGUUUGGUUGUUUUCCCGGUCUACUAUGUGUGUAAGAGGAGGAAGAAGCAGCGCACGCAGGGCUCGGGACGCUGGAUCUGACUGGGAACCUCCGCCUCCCUUCCCUGCACCACGCAAACACACACACAUACACACACACACACACACACACACACACACACACAGCUGGAAAGAUGACGCCCACAUUUCCUCGGACCGCUGCUGCCAAAGGAACGCCGAACAUUCGAGUGGAAAAAGAAAAGAAUACACAAAGCAGAUAGAAGUAGACUCUGGCCUGAGUUCUCUUUACAUGAUGGAGGGGUUUGAAUCGCCUUCAAUUUCACAACCUGAUUUUAAGCCAAGCACUUUCUCGCUGGCCGCCUCCGGCCUCGGGACACGAUACAGGAAGCGUCAGCAGUGGACGAGCUUUGCACUCUUCCGUCACACAUUUAACCCCCUCGGCCGCUUUGUUUACGACCACACCUGUGAGAAUGUUUUCGAAGAGCGGGUUCGGAAGUUCGUCGGUUAGCCUGAUGCGAUGACACGUUGUUGUACGGAUUUUGGUUAAAACGCUGACUGCUGGGAGACGAUAGGAGGUGAGCUCACAGAUUAAUAGCGGAGAAAUGUGAGGAAGGGAAUAUGUUCCCUGUCGAACUGUUGCAAAAGUUUCGUCAGUCGUUUGUUUAAAAAGUGCGAGAUGGAAACUGAAUGUAGGGCCGAGGCACGAUGGAAAAGUGAGUUCUCACAGAUGCAACAUAGCUGGACAUUAAAUGUGUUCAACGUUCAUCUGUUGGAACCUACAUUUCCUUUGGAUAUUGAGUCUUUGACAAGUGCACACUAUUCAAAAAAAUAUGACAGGACUUUGGGUACUUAACUAUUGUUGGCUGACAUGGAUGACCUUGACUUUUGCUGGAAGAUUUUAAAGUUGGGUCGUGUGUCCCCCCCACCCUGAGAGUGACGUCUAGUUGUACAGGCCACACCCACCAUAGCGUAACAAGGGAUGUCCUGCAUUGCAAACGCAUAUUCAGCCCGCUAACUACGCAAGGAAAUAUUGGAAAGUGGUAUUUUAGCAACGCUUCCAUCGUGAGUUGAGGUUCUCAAUCAACUCUUCAUCCGUGUUGGUCCCUCGGUAUCUGCAUCAUCAUCAUCAUCAUCAUACAAAGAAUACAAAUAAAACGAGCUGCUGUGCGCCAAUUGUGCCAAAACAAAACGCUGAAUGUGGGCGGGACAGACGGGGGACCCAGCCCCCUUUGUUGGGUUUCUUUGUCAUGGUUUUUCAGGGGUUGCUUGUUGUAGAGGUUUUGGGUGCUGAUGCUGACGGUGUGUACCGGAGUCUGCAUGAAGAAAUAGACUUAAGAUUGUAAGAUUAUGCAUUAGAUUUAAAUUGACUGAACACACGGCCGCAACUGGCACAUGUAGAUAGUAUUUAAGGUGGCGUUCUGCUUGAGAGCUAAACAGGGUGUUUCAUUGUUUUAAAGAAAUGAGGGUAUCAUCAUCAGGCUGCGUAGAUGUGUGGCAGAUUUCAUUUGAAUGUUAAUUAUGAGGUGAUCAGGUCUUUCAACGUUUUUAAGAAUUGAUUUGAGAGGUUUUUUUGUAUCGCGUCAGAUUUUUAUUGAAGCGACGGCCCAGUUUGAAUCGUGACAUGGUGGAUUUUAACGUACACGCACACACACUUCACUGGCAAGAAAGCGCACACACACACACACACACACAAGGAGUGCUGCCAGCGAACGGGAGAUUUUCGAGAGCUUUAAAGGUCGUCACCUGGCAGCAGCCAGCUUGCUGUCCUUCAUUUAUCCCUCUAUCCUGAGUCACUGAGUCGUCACUAGAACCCGAAUUUAAAGCAUGAAAGAGAAGCCGGCUGGAUGUUCAUGCAUGUUGGACAUCGCUGGCUCCUCUUUAUCCCAGGGAUAUAUAUAUAUAUAU